CCACAAUCCUUUGACAAUGAUGUCAUGUAGAACCCUGAGGGGGUGGAGGAUUUAAUUCUUCCUCUAGCAGGCAGCUGCCCCUCCUUCCUUCAGUGCAGCCUGCAGUCUGGAGAGUAGGGAGUGGGAGGUUGGCACUUGCACUACUCAGAUACUGCUUGUCCGAUACUGUAGCCCAGAAGCCCGCACUUGCCCCUGAGUGAAGCAAGAGGUCCCUCCGUACUCAGGAGAGGGGAAACAAUUUGCCGUGUUCUAAGUAUUUUAGCUGCAUGGUAGAGUAACAGAACAGGCUAGAAUUCUGAAGGAGCCCUGGAGAAGCAAUGGCAGCAAUUCGGAAAAAGCUGGUGAUCGUUGGAGAUGGUGCAUGUGGGAAGACCUGCUUGCUCAUCGUAUUCAGCAAGGAUCAAUUCCCUGAAGUCUAUGUACCAACAGUCUUUGAGAACUACAUUGCUGAUAUAGAAGUAGAUGGAAAACAGGUGGAAUUGGCUCUGUGGGACACAGCGGGACAGGAGGAUUAUGACAGGCUACGCCCCCUUUCUUACCCUGAUACCGAUGUUAUCUUGAUGUGUUUCUCAAUUGACAGCCCUGACAGCUUAGAAAAUAUUCCCGAGAAAUGGACACCGGAAGUGAAACAUUUUUGUCCCAACGUACCCAUUAUUCUUGUUGGUAACAAAAAGGAUCUAAGAAAUGAUGAACACACUAGAAGAGAGCUGACAAAGAUGAAGCAGGAGCCAGUCAAACCAGAAGAUGGCAGAGAAAUGGCCAACAGAAUCAAUGCAUUUGGUUACCUGGAGUGUUCUGCCAAGACAAAGGAUGGUGUGAGAGAAGUUUUUGAAAUGGCCACACGGGCUGCCUUACAAGUUAGGAAACACAGGAAGAAGCAACGUUGUUCCAUUCUAUAAGAAAAGUCCUAAAGCCUUUUAGAAAACCAAGAAAAGAACAACAUGAGAAGCUCUUUUUUUGCUGCUGCACCACCUGCUAUGUUGAUGCCAGAGACUUCAGUAGCAAAGAGCUAUAUGCACAGUCUGUAUUGUAAUUGUAUGUAUCUAUGUUUGUUUGUUAUUUUUUUUUUUUAAUUUGUUUUUCCCACCUAUUGAUCUCUCUAGAAUUAGGCAAUGUCUGGGAUUGCGAUAAAGCAGGGGAUGAUUUUAAACAACCCUGUCUCAUUAUGGGACCCAUAUUUUUUUUUUCUUCUGGUUUUAGACUUAAAAAGCACAUGUGGGAUUCUGGUUGGCUUUUUCUCUGUGCCAUAUUCUGGCUUUUCUAGUCAGAAAAUAUUGGUGUAAUAUUUUAAAUGUCCAAUGAUCUUUUUAUGAAAUGGUCUAUUUAUCAUUUUUGUCUGGCAAUGGUCAGGGGUAGAAAUUUCCCUUACUGUACUUAAACUCACUUGAAUGUGUUUAGACUCUACAUACAUACAUACUCUACAUAACACAAUACAGUCUACAAUCAACUUGCCCUAAUCACUCAUUCCUGAUGUUUUGCAGUGGCCUCCCUACUGCCUUCUAUAUUACCCUAGGUAUAAACAUAUUUUGUGCCCAAAUGGACCAAAAGAAUUAGGUUCUCAACAUGGGUUUUCUGAAGUUGACUUUAGGGCUCUUCUCUUUUGUAACAAUGUGUUACUAUUAUUGAGAAUAUAGAGGGUUUAUUUAUGAAUAGGUUUUUCAGUGUAUUCAGUUAAAAAGUAUGGCAAACCCAAAGAUUUCUUCUUUGCAUAUUUACAUAUAGACCUAGAAAUAAUGCCAAAAGUAACAUUAUCACAGAAUGUCCCUGUUAAAGUUUACAGAGAAUACAUCAGUAAUAUGGCAUCUCCUAUUUAUAGUGAUAUGCAAAAUAAGUACCAAUGGUGUGGUAACAUUCAGAUGAUAGUUAUACUUUACAAGAGGAAAAUACAUAAAAUUUUGUUAAAAUGAUUUCCUUAUAAGGGAUUUUAAAAUGUCCAAUAGUUUCAUGAAAGGUAAAUGGAUAUUUUUGUUUCCUACAUGGCCUUUUGCUAGUCCCUUGUAUAAAAGUCCAUUUGUCAUUGUGAUGCCCAAGAUAUACAUAUGCAUUUUCAAUCUAUAGGCAAACAUAGAAUAACAACAAUAUGUUAUGUUUGUUUUAACAAACAAAAUGUUGCCUCCAGGACUCCUUAUAGUGCUGCUUAGCUAAAGAAUAUCAUUAAAGGGUUUUUAAGGGUUUAGCACAGUGAUCUGUAUUUUUUGGCCUAAACGUCAGUCCUUUACACUGUCUUUCAAAAUUUCCUUUUGCCUUCUUAAUUUGUACCUUCUUUUUACAGACUGAAUUUUCUCCCUAUUUGUAAAAUAUUCAGGAAAAUAUACAAGCAUGGCUAUUUGUGUGUUUAGAGCAUUAUUUUGGCAAAUUUGCCGUUGCACACAUAAAGGUCACUGCCAUACUGUUUACAGGUGCUGUGCCAGUGUUGCUAGAAUCCAAUAGCACAGUGUUCUAGCAGUUUAGCAGCUCCCACUCAUCUCCAUCUGGAUAUCUAGAUAAAUGUUUUUGCGCACAAUCUAUAUCUAAGGGGAUGGAAUUGGAUGGUAAAAAACUGAUACAGCAACUUCUUUACAAGCUUUAUUUAUUGCUUGCUCCAGCUUACGUCAGUAAUCAUUUUCAUUACAUUAAGACCUGUGCCAAAUGUCUAUAGCUUAUUUUCCCCUAUCCACGUUCAGAUAAUAUAUAUUAUCUUCUAAUCCAUUCAUUGUCUUAGGGAAAUGGCACAUAGGGUGUUUUUUCAGUGGAGGGAGGGGGGGGGGACAAAAUGCCCAAAACUACAUUGCCAUUGACCUGAAUGUAAGUUGUCACUUAAAUUAUAUAAUCAAGAAAAAAAUCAUUGGCUGACAUUCUCAUACUGAUGCUAGGGCAAUAGGAGUGUAUUUUGUUGCCUAUAGUGAGCACCGUUUCCCAACUAGUCCCAGUCAAUAAUCAAGAUCAGAAAUCAAGAAUGCCAUUCUUUAGCUGAUGAUAGGAUAUCGUUUUACUAAUAUUGUACUUCCAAACUGUGGGGCUGGGCCCCCUGGGUGGAGCAGCAGUAGUGGUAAGGAGGGGCUAAACCAGUUAGGGUGAGAUGUGAAGAGAAUUACUUAUUAUAGAUACUUCUGAAAACUUAGCAUGAAGGUAACAUUCAGUGUAAUUCGGGGAAGCUACUAUGGUUGAUAGCACAAUUUUAGAAUAUAUUCAUAACUUUGCUGUGAGCUAAGAGGAGCCCUCAUGAAAGGUUUAAGCUCUGGGGCUUGAACCAAAAAAGUCCAGCAACCACUGGACUAAGGGUUGAGAUAUGACCUUUUCUGAAAGGUCUGAUAGCUGAUCAUAAGCCACUGGCUGAUUGCAAAUGACUUUCUACAAAGACAAGAAUUUCACAUAUUUCUUUAUCAAUAAAAAGCACAUAUUAAAAAUGUACAGCAGGUGACUGCACCCACCAGAAAAUUAUUUAUACUAAGGAAACAAGUUUUCUCUCCCUGUUUUGCUUUCCUGCUUCCCAAAAGCCCCUGCGCUAUCACUAAAUAAUGCACACAUUAAACACCAGCAUUUUUGAUAAGUGUAACAAUCUGUUUGAAGAACCCUGUUUGUGCUUUGUCUUCUAAAAACAUUAUUGUAUGUGCUGUGUACAGCAAAACAACAAACUAGCUUUAUCUUCUUUCAGACCUUUGGCUUGUGUCCCACAUAUUUGCCUUUUUAAUUAAUAGAAAUAAAGCCUAUAACUGUAAGAUAACUUUGUCUGUCCGGAAUUCUGUUCUUUGCCUGACUGCCUGUAAAGUUUGAUCUGACACAUGUGACUUUUCAAUUGUAAAAAUAAAAAUGUAUAAUGGGAAAAUAAAUGCAAAAUGGUAUUUUA